AUGGAACCCGCCCCGACCCCAGUGUGCGACCGCAGGGAGGCUGGGCGGGCACGAGACACACCCCCGGGGUGCGGGCGCCUGCAGGGAGGCGAGGAGGCCGGACCCCGACCGCGCCGAGGCAGGGGCAGGGGCGGCUCCUCGGGCAUCCCGGGCGCCCGCCACAGGGGGCUGGACGCCAGCGGCCACCUCGAGGCGCCGGGCGGAGGCCCGACAAUUGGAUUCCACAAAACUGGUGAGAAGAGUCUGCAGAGCUUUCAGUUAAAAGGUGUCCCUUUUUCUGUAUAUGGAAACCUUGCAGUAAAAGAUUGUUGUAUUAAUCCCCAUUCUCCGUUGCUUCACUUGACCGAAUCUUCUAAGCUGGAAAAAGGUUCUUUGCCUGGAACUGACUGGACAGUUUUUCAGAUUAAUCACUCAGCCUACCAACCAGUAAAGACCCCAGAAAAUCUUUCUCCUCCCAUCUCUAAAGGUGCUUUUUAUGCCACUAUCAUACAUGACCUGGGGCUUCACGAUGGAAUUCAGCAAGUUCUUUUUGGCAACAACUUGAACUUUUGGCUGCACAAGCUCAUCUUCAUAGAUGCCAUCUCCUUCUUGUCAGGGAAGAGGCUGACAUUGUCCUUGGACAGGUACAUCCUUGUGGACAUUGAUGAUAUAUUUGUGGGAAAGGAAGGAACAAGAAUGAACACCAAUGAUGUUAAAGAGCACGGCAUUCCUACUGACAUGGGCUACGCGGUGGCCCCUCACCAUUCGGGCGUCUAUCCUGUACAUGUCCAGCUUUAUGAGGCCUGGAAGAAGGUUUGGAAUAUUAAAAUCAGCAGCACUGAAGAGUAUCCACAUCUGAAACCAGCCAGAUACCGGAGGGGCUUCAUCCACAAAAACAUCAUGGUUCUUCCAAGACAAACCUGUGGGCUUUUUACUCACACAGUUUUCUACAAAGAAUAUCCAGGAGGCCCUAAAGAGCUGGACAAGAGUAUCCAAGGAGGUGAACUUUUUCUCAUUGUGGUCCUCAACCCAAUCGGCAUUUUCAUGACCCAUUUGUCCAACUAUGGGAAUGACCGACUGGGAUUAUACACAUUUGUUAAUCUUGCCAAUUUCGUGCAGAGCUGGACCAACCUGCGACUUCAGACUCUGCCUCCAGUGCAACUGGCUCACAAGUAUUUUGAGCUCUUUCCUGAUCAAAAAGACCCUCUCUGGCAGGAUCCCUGUGAUGACAAACACCACAGAGACAUUUGGUCUAAAGGAAAAACUUGUGAUCGGUUACCAAAAUUUUUGGUAAUAGGACCCCAGAAAACCGGUGAGAAUUUUUUAUGUUAUGAUUAA